GUGAGCGAGCAGACGCGGCGUCCCGGGAAGUAGCCGAUGCGGAGACUGAUGCGCUGAGCGCACCCCAGUACCCCGUGCACCGCAACGUGGAGGAGUCCCGAGGACCCGUCCCGCGCCCAGGGGACACAGCGCGAGAGAUCUACCCUCCGCCUCCCGCCGGUGACACGUUAUACAGGCCGGCGCCAUCAUGAUUAAAGCCAUCCUCAUCUUCAACAAUCACGGCAAGCCCCGGCUGUGCAAGUUCUAUCAGCACUACAGUGAAGAUAUACAGCAACAAAUUAUAAGAGAAACAUUCCACUUGGUGUCUAAAAGAGAUGAGAACGUCUGCAACUUCUUAGAAGGAGGAUUGUUAAUAGGUGGAUCUGACAACAAGCUUAUAUAUCGGCAUUAUGCAACCUUGUAUUUUGUCUUUUGUGUGGACUCCUCAGAAAGUGAACUUGGAAUUCUAGAUCUCAUCCAAGUUUUCGUGGAAACUCUGGACAAGUGCUUUGAAAAUGUCUGUGAACUGGAUUUAAUUUUCCAUGUAGAUAAGGUACAUAACAUCCUGGCAGAAAUGGUGAUGGGCGGUAUGGUUCUUGAAACCAAUAUGAAUGAAAUAGUUACUCAGAUUGAUGCUCAGACAAAACUGGAGAAAUCAGAGGCUGGAUUAGCAGGCGCUCCAGCGCGGGCUGUGUCUGCCGUAAAGAACAUGAACCUUCCUGAGAUGCCAAGAAACAUUAAUAUUGGUGAUAUCAGUAUAAAAGUGCCAAACUUGCCUUCUUUUAAAUAGCAUUCUUCUGCCCUUUAUUUGAAGCUCAGUUUACAAAAAAAAAAAAUUAAUAAAGAAAAUGUAAGUGAAGGAACUGCUGGGGUGGUUUGUGCAAAUCUGAAAUAUUGGGAGCUAGCUUCGCCCUGUACAUAAUGCUAAGGAAGCCCACUGCUGGCUGGGUGAAAUGUGGCUCUCAAACGACAUCCCAGCUACUAUUUAAGGAUUGCUACGAUGUCUAGGCUGCUGCAGUGUCCAGAGAAAGUAUUUAGCAAAAAAAUCCCAUAAUUUAUUUUAAUAUUCAGUGUUACCUUCAGCGGCAAAACACAGCGCUGCUGUACCCAAUAGCAAAGUUUUGGCCAAGUGAUGCCAGUCCACCCUCCCAAGGCCCCCUUUCUUCUAUUCCGACCAAAUGGGGCUUUAUUGCACAUGUGCUAACCCUCUUGCAUACUCAGAAGGGCACAGUGGGUGGUGGGAGUCUAUGGAGAUAAGGCCAGCAUUACCAUAGCUCUCGCACCCUUGAGCCACACAGCAGCCGCACCCCUGUGCAGUGUCGGUAGUUACAUAAUUAGUUACUUUUUAUACAGUGGAUAGAGGGCUUUUGUGGGCUGUACCAAUAUUCAUGAGAAAAUUCUUUAGUUUUUGUGUUUCAGGGAUAUAAUUUCCUAUAGAACUGAUAGGAUGAAUAUUGGUUUAGUCAACAGUGUCCAUCUCCACUGUCUACAGGUGAUAAGUAUAGUUUAACUGUAUAAUCAAUCCACUGAAGAUCAUUCCUAUAUGUUCCUCUGAUGUUGGAUAUAUUAUUUAUGUAAAGUACGGUAUUUUGUAGAGUGCAUAAAUGCUUCACAAUUUAACAGUACCUUCAAUGCAUUUCAGAGUAACAUAACUGGUAGGAGUUGUGUUUUAGGGGAAACAUGUCUUUUCUGGUAGUACUGUAAUAAUUGUUUUGUUUUUUGUUUUGUUUUUUUUUUGAUCUUGGCUUAGAAAAAGAACUAUUUUAACACUGUAAUGAAAAUGCGGAGGUUUAACGUCCUGGUGUCCUGUAUUAGAUGUGCUGUAAAAUAAAUCUUUUAUGAAUGUG